UUGGGAGUUUUGAACUGUAAAACCAAACUCCGUCUGGCCAUUCGCGCAGCCAAAACGACAAAUGAAUCUUCAAAACCACUUUUCGCGCACUGCAGGUUAUUUGAAUCACCUAUCUACUGUUCAUCUUCCUCGCCGGACUCACGAUUCUUCGUUUCCUGCCAUCGAAUCGCCGCCUUCUCUUGCCUAGUUUCAGGAAUGGGGGACCCGAUUCGAAACGGCGGCGCCGGCGCUUCGGCCGACUGCAUAUCGGAGAGCGAAAUUCCGAGCGGUUUGAACCGGAUUAAGACUAGGAGAGUCAACGCCAAUCUCGGAGGAGCUGAGGAUUCCGAUCAGUUUAACGACUCUCCGUCGCCGAGUGGUGGAUUUUUGAUACCUGGGGUUCAUAUGAAGCAUAGACACAAGACUUUUAAUGGAGGAAAUUCGAAAAUCGGCAGUUCGAAAGGAUUUCAGAAAGGAAGGAAGAUAGCUCAGUGGUUUACAUCAUCCCUUUUUAAGAAUUCAAAUCAAUCUUUAGGUGAUUGCCUAAGCACUGAGUCUAGUACAUGCGAGCUCACUAGGAUUGAGAAGGGCUCUAGAAGAAAAUUACGCAAGAUGAGAAAUAAUUUAUCGGAGGAUUCCCAAAACGUCACAUCUACACAUAAAGUGCCAAAAUGCAUUAAAAGUUUCUCACAUGAGCUGGGUCCAAAAGGGGGCCUUCAGUCAUCUUAUCCAAGGGCUCACAGCUAUAAUGAUUUGAAGGAGCUAUUGGGAUCACUUCGUGCAAGAUUUGACGCAGCAAAAGAAGUUGUGAACAUAGAGUUAGGUUCUUUCUCAAAGGAGGUGCUGGAAAUAUUGCAGGAAGCUGAUUCCUUAGCACCCGAUGAAUAUAAGAUGGCAGAUGAACUUUUUGAGCUCUCUCAUCAAUGUAUUGACAUGACCUCAUUAGACUUCCGCUCAAAUUGUGAAACAAUUGUCAGAGACUUGACUUUGAAGAGACAAACAUGUCAAGUUGAAUUGCUGAAAUUGUUAUGCACACGCUUCCUUUUUAUAUUGACUCGGUGCACAAGACUGCUUCAUUUUGAGAAGGAUUUUGGACAUGUGAAUGAACAAUCACUUGACAAGUUCAGAGAAUGUUUAGAAAGGAUCCCAUCUGUUGAUAUGAAUUGGGUUGUUAAUAGAGGUUUUGCGGAUUCAGAUGCAGGUGAUGUUUUGAAACAUAAAGGUGAUGGAAAGGUAGACUUGCAGAAAAAAGAUGGUACAAAUAUUCUUUCUUGGUCAAUUCAGACUAGGUCCAAGGAGCCUGCUGACGAGAAGAGCAAAGAGUUUAAUAAGAAUGACUCGUCUAGAAAUCAAAGGAGAUCUGAACUGUUGUUUACUGAAGCUUCAGAUGGUGAACAAUAUAAUAGAUUUGAUGAAAUGUUUCAGAUGGAACCUAUAAACAGGGAGAAAUGGUAUUCAGAUGAUUCUAAUCUGGUUAUUUGCCGGAUAUGUGAAGAACUUGUUCCCGCUACACACUUGGAGCCACAUUCGUAUAUAUGUGCUUUCGCUGAUAAAUGUGAUUCAAAACAUGUAGAUGUCAAUGAACGACUAUUGAAAAUUGCUGAGUUACUUGAAUACCUGUUAGAGUUGCGAAAUCCAAGAAAUCCUGAAACAAGUAUAAAUCCAGAAAGUUUGAGGGCAAGUACUGCAAAUUCUGCUCUAAAUACAGAAAGUCAUUCACCAAAGUGCAGUGAGUGGCGAACUAAAGGAAUGGAUGGACUGCUGGAGGACCUCCAUGAGAUGGAUACCGCCUGCAUUGAAGAUUCUCAUCUUGCCAAUUUGGUGAACCUGAAAAGCCACUUGCUAACUAAGGUGAACCACUAUGGCUCACCAUCCUCUAAUGGAAGCAUGACAUCAGCAUCAUCUACAAAUAGUCCUCGGGCAGGAAAUUAUGACAUAUUUUGGUUGGAUCAAAAUAACUUGUCAGAGCAAGAGGACAUGCAUCAGAUAAAUGACCUUGCUGAUAUUGCCCGCUAUGUAGCAGGGACUGAUCUUUCACAAGAAGGAUCCUACGAGUUCUUACUAUCUUGUAUGCAUGACCUGCUUGAGAUUUUGCAGCAUACCAAGUACAAAGCUUUGCUAGUGGAUACCUUUGGUGGCCGAAUAGAAAGCCUAAUUAGAGAGAAAUAUAUACUUGCUUGCGAUCAAGUGGAUAGUAUAGGACAUCCAGAAAGCACAAGGUCUUUGCUAGAUACAGCAUCUCAGAGUAGUGCAGCAUCAACUCCUUCCCAUCCGACGCAUAAAGAGCGAACAAGUAUUGAUGAUUUUGAAAUCAUCAAGCCAAUCAGCAGAGGAGCAUAUGGCAAAGUUUUUCUGGCUAGAAAGAGAGCUACAGGAGAUCUAUUUGCAAUUAAGGCUCUCAAGAAACUGGAUAUGUUGCGGAAGAAUGACAUUGAUCGAAUAUUGGCUGAGCGCAAUAUAUUAAUAACCGUGCGGAACCCUUUUGUGGUUAGGUUUUUUUACUCAUUUACCAGUACAGACAACCUCUAUUUGGUCAUGGAAUAUCUUAAUGGUGGAGAUCUAUUCUCUCUGCUAAAGAAAGUUGGUUGUCUUGACGAGGCCAUUGCUCGUACCUAUGUUGCAGAAUUGGUUCUUGCUCUGGAAUACCUUCAUUCUCUUGGAAUAGUACACCGUGAUCUGAAACCAGACAACAUAUUAAUUGCUCAUGAUGGGCAUAUCAAGCUAACAGACUUUGGAUUGUCAAAAAUUGGCCUGAUGAAUUGCCCCACUCAGCGAUCCAAUAAAGAGACUGGAAAAAGUGAUCUCAUAGAUACACAUGGUCAGCUCAAUAUAGACACUGAGGAUAGUCAUCAGUCUGCUGUUGGCACCCCAGACUACUUGGCACCUGAAAUUCUUCUUGGAACAGAGCAUGGUUAUGCUGCGGAUUGGUGGUCGGUAGGAAUUAUCUUAUAUGAAUUCAUUAAUGGAAUUCCUCCUUUCAAUGCUGAGCAUCCAGAGGUCAUUUUUGACAACAUUCUGAACAGAAAAAUCCCCUGGACUUCAGUUCCUAGUGAGAUGUCUUAUGAGGCACAAGAUCUGAUCAAUAGGCUUCUUGUUCACGACCCAAAUCAACGCCUUGGAGCCAACGGGGCAUCGGAGGUAAAAGCACAUCCCUUUUUCUCCGGAGUCGACUGGGAUAACCUUACCAUACAGAAGGCUGCAUUUGUGCCCCAGCCAGAGUGUAUUGACGACACAAGCUAUUUUGUGUCAAGAUACAAUUCUUCCGGAAUGGAAGUUGAUGAGAUUUCCGUGGAUUCAGACUCUGAUAGCUCUGAAUUGCAUACGACUUCUAAAGUUGAGAAGAUGGAUGAAUGUGGCGACCUUGCCAAUUUUGAUCCCUCACCCCUCGAUCUUUCGCUGAUAAAUUUCUCCUUCAAGAAUUUGUCACAGCUGGCAUCGAUCAACCAGGACGUCCUGUUGCAGAGUGAAAAAGAGGCGUCAAAAUCCAAAGGUGGGUCGUCGUAAUUAAGCAUGCUUUUCUUUUUGUUGAUUUUAGCAUUGAACGUAGUUAUGCAUGCCUCUUUGGUUUUUACAUGGUAAGAGGGAUCUUCUAGUCUUCUUCUGUAUAUAAUCUAAGUCUAGUUGAGCUAGUCGGAUUAGUCCCGAGGAUCAUUCUCGAGCGACGACGCAACUGUAUUUAUUUGUCCAGAGCGUCUUCGACUUCAUUCUUAAGUUCCUUUGUAGAGACUAAAAUGAAAGACAGAGUUAGAGGUGGUAGAAAGGUUUAUGAUGGGUGGGGUGGGUAACGUAGCAUUUUUGGUCUCAUAAAACGGCUCCCUUAUAACGACUAUUUGAAAUUCUCGUUUUUAUGCAGCUUACUUACAUUGAUGCAUGUCUUAGAAUAUAACUUAGCCUUGUGAUAAAUUGUUCACUGUAAAGAUGUGUAUUAGUUAAGGGUUUGUUUUGUUUUUAUUUGAAAUUGUAUUUUUUUAUUUGAAUUUUAAUUUAAAUAAUUUUUUCCCUAAGCGUUUUUAAUAAA